CGAAGAAGUGCAAAGAAACAACGUGGUUGGGGUGCUGCAUUGAGUGCAGCAAUAGGAGGAAAAUAGUCAGUUUUAAAGAAAAGGUUGAUCGUUUUCGUCGACGAUGACAGAAGGCAGCUCGGCCCCUGCUCCAGCCGCCCGGAACCUGCUCGCUCUGAACCCGAGCGAAGAGGCUGAAUUUAAGAACAAAGUGCGAGAAGUGAAAAAGCGAUCUAAGAAACACGAGAGGCUGACCCCAGGUGUGAUUUACCUCGGCCACAUCCCCAAUGGGUUCUUCGAGCCUCAGAUCCGACAGUACUUCUCCCAGUUUGGCAAAGUUCAAAGGUUACGACUGUCCAGGAGUAAAAAGACAGGUGGCAGCAAGGGCUAUGCGUUUGUGGAAUUUGAGUGCGACGAAGUGGCUAAAAUAGUGGCAGAUACGAUGAACAAUUAUCUCCUGCGUGAAAGGCUCAUAAAAUGUCACGUUAUCCCACCCGAAAAGGUGAAGCCGGAGCUUUUCAAAGGAAGUCAGACUCCGUUUAAGAAGCCCUCGCGCCCAGCGGUCGGCCGCUACAACAGGAAGCGCACACCUCGGCAGAAGGCGCAGAUGACCAGCAGACUUUUACAAAAGGAAGCGGGUUUAAGAAAAAGGCUGGCAGAGAAAGGAAUAGAUUAUGAUUUCCCGGGAUUUUCUGCCCAAGUAUCCAAAAAGAAGAAGACCUCUGCAGAGAAUUCGGCCUCCACGACUGACAGUCUAGAUGUCACGCCAGUCUGCACACCAACUGUGUUGGAGAAAAGAAAGUCAAUGAAAGUGGAGGACAGCGAUGGUGAUGAUGAAAUUAUAAUCAAGGCCACACCUGCACCAAAGAAGUCAAAAGGCAAAAAGAAGAUGCGCUAAUGAGGAACUAAAAAUGGACUAAUUUGGGCAAUAUUCAAUCUUUAACCUGCUGUGGAAGUAAAAGAUCUUCCCUUAAACUCUGUUUUUUAAAUUGUUCCUGCAGGAGUGACUGAUAUUCCGCAAACAGGAAAGGAAGAAACCUUUAGAAUUCAUUUACUUCUCGUACUGUAUUAUAAUAGAACAGUACAAAUCACUUUGCCUUCAUAUUGUACAAUUUGUAUUCUUGUGAAUGCUAGCAGUUGUAUUAUAAAUAUAUGAGUUGUAAUCAG